GUAGAAUAUGGUCACGACUUUUCCGUUCUUCGUCUUCGGGGCGAUGUGACCGUAUCCUGUCGUUGGGAAACGCUCCAUUAGCCUUGCAUCGCACGCAAGGUCAGGAAUGAGAAUAUUUAGGAAGAAGCUCGAAGGUCGGUUCAGCCUCCAAGAGAUUUCGCAACGAUCAUCAACCAUCCAUUCUUCGUUAACUCAUCCACCAGUCUGGGUCAAGGUCGUUCUACCUUUCGGCAAGCGAAGGUAAUUCGGUGACUUAAGGGGACCGAGGAAAAGAAAAGAGAGAGUUCAGGAAGAGGAGGAAGAUUGAUCAUAUCCGCCGGACGGAGACAAGAAUCAAUCGAUGGAACGCAGAGACGCGAAGAAGAGUUCCCGCGAUUCUGCGAGAGGUUUAAUGGAAGAGAUGGCAGAAAUAUGAAGAGCGUAAGAAUCGAAGGAAAGGAAAUAAUGAAGGAGGUGGUAGUUUCCUCUGCUGGAGGAAAAGUGAAUUUCCUCGGUGGUCAGAGUCGCACGGUGAAAAUGACCUUGAUCAUUGGAUUUUCGUUCGAUCGUGGCUUCUUCAGAAACGAGAUUACGGGAAGGUUCAAAGUGGCACGUCGUUUCCUUCGUUCUAUCGAGAAUUUCAUCGCGUAAUUCAACUGUAAUGCGGUUUUCCCUGUCCUUUUAACGUCUCUGACUCGAUAACCGUAAUGCCUGGGUCAAGUGGGAUAAAAAAAUAGAUUGGCAGUGAUCGUUGGGUCUGAAUCAGAAACAAUAUAGACGUCCUUCGUGGCAGAACCAAGUUGCGUGGAAGAAUCGUCGUAUUACGCAAUUUCGCUGGAUUUUGUUCAAAAGAAAGAGGCCAAAGAACCACCUGUAAUCGGUACACUUCCCCUUCUCGAAGCAACGGAUUUUCCCAGAUCGAAGGACGUCUGAGAGACACUAGUUUCCAUGCGUUACACAUUCUUACGUUUCUCUUUUCCUCCUUUUACUCGGACACCUUUCCAAAGUGAUGUAAGGUUUAAAUUCAGGGCCAAUUUCACCAUUUCUCUGAUAAAUCUUUGACCUUUGAACCGUUUACCGAAAUUCUUGGCACGAUAGCAAGGGUGAAUCAUCCCUGGGGCGAAAACUGUUGAUUCGAGAUGGUUAUCUAAAGGACCUCGGAUCGUGUGUGGAACACAGGAGUCGUGUGCCAGUGAUAUUCGCCGGAGAGGCUGAUCAGUGACGCACACAUCUUGCGAAACACUCGACCAUUUUCUUCUCAUCGAAGAAUUCUUUUUACCAAAGAACAUGAAGUGUUUGUUUUUACUUGGUUGUUUGACUGUGCUUGUCAACUCGCAAAACGAUGAUUGGGUUUGGAGAAAAGACGAAGAACAACAGGACAGGUUGGAUGAAACCGAUUAUAGGUACCAGGUGAACGAAAACCCAGCAGAUUUCGACCACGAGAGACCUUUGAUAGGAUUCAGACCACAAAACUCGGGACCUUACGGUCCUAACAGUAGACCCAUUGUACCAGCAUCGUAUCCUGGCAACAAAGGAGUUCUUGUCGGUCCUGGUGGACCGACUGGUAUUAUAAAAAGACCCUCCUACAGUGGAAGUAUUGAAGAGAGGCCUGUGAAUUCUGCUUUCUUGCCAUCUUCUAUCAAAGAUGACACACGAUAUCAAGAUUACGACGUCUGUAGAUGCAGAUAUAGUUUCAAUUGCCCUUCUUUUGCUUUGAAAUUCGGAAGUUGUUCCAAGGAUAAGAAAUUCUGUUGCUUUAACAGCAAAAAGUAUCCUGCUUUGGUCUCUGAAUUGGGAGGUGGGCAAUAUCCUCCUCAUCGAGGACCACCUCAGAAGUACGGGCCAGCGAUGUUCGCGCAAUCGGCAAACUAUUACGGAAAUCGAAGACCACAAGGGAGCUUCUAUCCCGGCAAUAGAUAUCCUGGAAAUUACCAUUCCUCGGGGGAGAGCCCUUAUCCAAGACCCCACGGCAACCCUUACGAGGAGAAUUACGACUACGACAUCGACCUUUACAGUCGUUCGCUAAAGAGAAAUCAGACCGAUAGCGAGUCAAGCACCAGAGAAAAAGCUUAGGGCACGAUUUACAACGAGACAUUUCUUAUUAGAUCGCUUUGUAAGUCUUCUCUCGUUCGAGGAACUUUCAAUCAUCUCGUUCGACUCUUAUGAAUGACACGCUCGUGAGGGAGAUUCGUUUCAAAUGUGAAAAGGAAGGUUUCACAUUUUAAUUUGAUAAAUUGGAUGUAUGGUGAUUAGAAGCUAGAGGAGAUAAGAUGGAAAAUUAAUUUUUUAUGAACGUAUAUGUAGAAUUAUCUUAGGAAAAAAAAUAGAAUACCAAAGACGAGUAACGAAACGUCAUAUUAAAUGAUAUAAAUAUUAUA